UGUUUGUUUUGAGUUGUGUUUGUAGUCAUGGCUGAAGAAAUACAGAUCUUCGCGUACAAGUAUUGCUUGUCCUCUAUGGCUGCGACUGUGGCAGAAACAGUGACCUUUCCACUGGACAUAACAAAAACCAGACUUCAAAUCCAAGGAGAGAGAGCAUCAACCAUUCCCUCCACCACAGCUGCUAAUGUGCCUUACCGGGGUAUGGUGAGGACAGCAGUGGGCAUAGUUGAAGAAGAAGGAUUAAGAAAUCUGUGGAAUGGUGUCACCCCAGCCAUUUUAAGACAUAUUGUUUACACUGGGUCAAGAAUGACAGCGUAUGAAUUCUUGAGAAAUAAAGUGUUGAAAAGAAAUCCAGAUGGAAGAUUUCCAUUAUGGAAAUCAGUGAUUGCCGGGAUGAGCGCGGGUGCAUUUGGACAGUUUAUAGCCAGCCCAACUGAUCUUGUUAAAGUUCAAAUGCAGAUGGAAGGAAAACGAGUUAUUUUGGAGGGACGUCAACCAAGGGUACGAAACACCUUACAUGCUUUUUCAAACAUUGUUCAUAAACAUGGAGUUCGAGGACUCUGGAAAGGUUGGGCUCCCAAUGUUCAGAGGGCAGCCUUGGUCAACAUGGGAGACUACCCCACAGAAAUUUAAUUAUUUUAAAUGGUGAAUAUCUUUUUUUCAUUUCUAUUGUAAAUUUUUUCUAGUGGCUGCUCAGGACUGAUUGCUGCAACAAUCAGCACUCCAGCAGAUGUCGUUAAAACAAGAAUUAUGAACAAUCCUAACGUGUACAGAGGAUCAAUAGACUGUUUCCUGAGCGCGGUUCGCGAGGAAGGCUUCUUUUCAUUGUACAAAGGAUGGCUACCAACAUGGAGCAGAAUGGCUCCAUGGUCAUUAACAUUCUGGCUUGUGUACGAACGGAUCAGAAAUGUUGCUGGUGUUUCGGGAUUUUGACCCAUUUCUGAGCUGUUCUUCUGAAGUUCCUAGGAAUCGGGUGAAAUUCUCUCAACGUGGUUUCAAAAUCGAUAUGGGGUCGACGCGACGGGAAAAAAAACGCAAUUUUGGGCACACCUUUGAAGCGAAAGAAGACGUGAAAAGGGGGAGAACAAUUUGUAAAGAGCUUACCAAUGUCCGUUCACUUAGAGCCCCGAGAUUCCAACCAAAGUUCUCGGGCUUUCGUAAACAAUAAUUCAGAGGAACCCGUGAUAGAAAUUUAAAAGAAUUCUAAUUUGCGAGAAAUAAGCGAAACAAGGAGAAAAAGUUUGUCACGACCAAUUACAAGA